AUGGCUCCCACCGAACCAAGCCCCCUAACAUGGACGCUCCGCCUCAAGCACGCCCGCACAACCGUGCUGCUGCACACCGACCCGCUGCAAUCGCUCUCGUCGGUGAAAGCCGAGCUCCUGCGCGCGCUGCGGGCCACACAACCAGACGGGACGCUCCACGGCGUUGCGCUGCCCGGCGAAGCCGAGGCGCUGGUGCUCGGGAAGCCGCGAGACGUGCACGACCUCGCACAGGGGUGGGUGCGCAUUGGCGGCGCUGCGGCGGAUGGGGGGGAGGAUGGAGCGGCGAAUGGGACCGGGAAGGGCAAGGGCAAGGGCAAAGCGAGGGAGGUCAAUGGCGUCGAGGAGAGCGUCAAGGGUGCGGGGUUGCGGGACAAUGCCGUCGUGGCGUUCAAGUGGGGCGCGAGUGCCGCGAGGAACGGGAGAGAGAGGGAGGGGGAGCUGGAUGAUGAGGGGUUGGAGCUUGAUGAGGAGGUCGAGGGCGAUGAUGGGUGGGAUGUCCAGAUUCCGAAGUACGAGGAUACGUAUGGGGUUGAGGGGGUUGUGAAUGGGGAGGCGGGGGAUGUGGAGGUGGGGAGCGUGUCGCCGGUUUGA